AUGAGUAGCAGUGUCAAUUCCACGGUCUCUAUCCCUGCGAUUAUCGACAGUCCCUUGGUGGAUAAAGCUUUCUUGCUUCUCGAGACUAUCUCUGAAGAAUCCUUCUGGGUCAACUUACUUGGUGAACGUCUUCUCAAGAUUCUCAAGCGCUACUUUGGAAGUGAUGUUGUGUUUCUGGGUAUCAUUGUCUACAUGGCCCCCAUUAUUGGUGUCUAUUUUAACAACCUCUUGUUGGUGUGCACGGUCUGGUUCAGGGAACGAUUUUAUGUUACUCUGCAAGUCAAAGAUAGCGAGGACAUUUUUGAGGGAAUUCAAGAAUACGUUGCAACAAAGGCCAAAGAAAUUAAGCACCUUCGGUCCAUGGAAGCACGCGAUAAACCAGAAGAGGAGAAUAUCGAGCUCCAGGGUCCCUCUCCUCCUCCAAAAAUUGAUCUCUAUCCAUUGGUUGAUACAGAACAGGUUAUUUGGUACAAAGGAUAUAAAUUCUGGGUGUCAUUCCGAAAAGAUAUCAGUAAAUCGAAAUACGCUCAUCACUAUGGAAACAAUCUCGGGGAUCUCUUGAACAUGGUUAGUCAGACACCUGUAGUUCAUGUCACUAUGCGCAGCUCAAACAUUAAGCUACUCCGUCAGUUUCUUCAGGAAUGGGUAACUCUUCACCAUGAAAAGAAGCAUGGCAAGCUCUUGAUUUACAAGUGCGUUCACACACGUUAUGAGGGUGAAGAAUGGAGACAGGUUGGUUCAAAAGAGCUUCGAUCUUUUGAUUCUGUUAUCUUGAAACCAGGCCAGAAAGAGGUUCUCUUGGCUGACAUUCAACGGUUCCGUCGUCGUGAGAAAUGGUAUUCUCAGCGUGGUAUUCCAUACCGUCGUGGAUAUCUUCUUUAUGGACCUCCUGGUACUGGAAAGACUUCUUUUGUUCAGUCAAUUGCUAGUAAAAUCAACAUGAACGUUGCUAUCAUCAGUCUUUCGGGUUCCUUGACUGACGACAGUUUCAGCUAUCUUGUUUCAGAGACUCCUCGUAAUAGUAUCCUAGUGAUAGAAGAUAUUGACCACUGUCAUAUUUCGGACGUUUCUGAUGGUGACAGUUCUGCUCCUGACUCGGGUGGAAAAGGAAAGAUUACUAUGAGUGGAUUAUUGAAUGCCCUUGACGGUGUAACUGCUCAAGAAGGAUCAAUGGUUUUUAUGACUUGUAACAGUAUCGAGGCUCUUCAACCUGCCUUGUUGCGACCUGGCCGAAUUGAUAUGAAGAUGGAACUAGGCUAUGCUAAUAAGAAGCAAAUCGAAGACAUGUUCUGGCGCUUUAUGGAUCUGGAUAUUGAUGCCGAUAUGAGUGAAAAAGAAAAGAAGAUCCGUUCGGACAAGCUGGACAAGGUGGUAGUUAAGUUUGUGGACAUGAUUCCUGAUGAAAAGGUCACACCUGCCGAACUCCAGAACUUCUUUAUCAUGAACAUGGAUGGAUACGAAGAGAACAAUGGAUACGAAUAUAUUAUCGAAAAGAUCCCCGAACUGUUGGAAUCAAUCGAACGAGACCGCCAGCAAGCCAGGGACCACAAAAACAGAGCAAAAAAUGUAGUUCAAGGCACUGAACCAGUAGAGCCAGUUAAGCCAGUAGAGCCAGUAAAGGCAGUAGAGCCAAUAGAAUCGACUAAACCAGUAGAGGCUGAAGAUUCAAUGGACACAGACUCUUUGAUACCACCAACACCCCCCUCAGAUCCUGAAGAUGCUAUCGGAUCUACAUAG